CACGCUCUUCAAAUAUACGUGGUGAAUGUUUUUCAAUCGUAUUUCAAACAUGGAUGCUCAAGAGAGGACGUUGUUUGUUGGUAAUUUACCAGAGAAAAUUACCGAAGAAUUACUUUAUGAAUUAUUUUUACAAUCUGGUCCAUUGGAGAAAGUGUUUAUACCCAAGGAAAGAUCAUAUGCUUUCAUUCAGUUUAAGCACUCAGAAUCCAUUCCUUACACACUUCAGAUCUAUGAUGGGGUUUCAUUAUAUGGUAAAAUUUUAGUUCUUCGGGCUCGUCAGGCACGCAUGAACAAUCAGCCAGAAGAAUACCAGCCAAGAGAGACAAGUCAAGGAAGUAGUCCUUAUGGAAAUCAUGGCAAUCGACCCACAGGUGGUUAUUUUCAUCAGCAUUCUAAUUACGAUAAUAGCAGGUACUUAAACCAAAAUGCUGGUUACACACACAAACAGAACUUGCCUAAUAUGAUGCCAGACAGCAACCGCUAUGAACAAAGGCAUCACAGAUAUGAUUACAUGUCUCGGGGAUCUGGUUUUAGAAAUAACUCAGGUUACAGACAUGAACCUUAUAAGAGAUAUUAAUUGAAAGAGUUUCCCCACUUCAUAAAGUUUUUUUUUUUUUCUCUCCAUGGGGUAAUUCCAAGCAACCCAUUUUUUUUUUAAUAAUCUGUCUCUGAAACAAAGAUAGCAAGAAAUUUGUUAUUUUUUUUUAUAUAUGCAUAUAUAUAUAUACUCAACUUAGUUGAAAUAUUUUUAUCAGUCCAGGAGUUGAAGUUUGUGUAUUCACAUAUAUGUAUUGUGAUUUUAUUUUGUAAUUUGCAAUCUACUCCCUUCAUGUGUGCAUAUGGAUAUGUGUGUUUAUAUAUUUUAAUUACUUUCUAAUGUUAAGCUGUUUGAAAGAAUUUCCCAAAUGAUUAGUAUUCAGUUUUUGUUCUUAAAAGUAUAAACUAUUUCAUUAUCAUUCAAUCAAUAGUCCAUAAUAUUCAUUAACGAUUUCUCUGUCCAUGUCGAUCUUUGAAUUUUUUCUAGGUCAAGUGUGUAACCUAAGUGACAUCUUAAUUGGGAGAAUAUGAAAGUGACGACUGAGACUUUGUACCGCAGAAGUACAAGCCUCUUUGUCAUAGAUAUUGCAAGUCAUGUGCUGCAAAAUGAUUGGGUGACUUCUCUAACUGCAAUGAAUAGUGAUAACCUCUUUGAUGCUGAAUCACCUGUUGUCACACACUGUACAGUACUAUCAUUUCUUGUGAUUUGGCUGGUACUGUUGUGUAUUAAAUUCUAAGAGUUUGGCUAUUUUGACCUGAUGUUAACUCUUUUGACAUCAACCUUGCAGUGACUACCACUAGUUCUAUGAUUUAAAUUAAUACCUUCCAUCAAAAUUUCAUGUUCCAAACACAAGGAUAUUUUGUUAAAUUCUUAAUUUGGAAAUUAAUUGAAACAAAGGCAGUGUAUGUCAACAGGAAUAUGGUAGCAAAAGGGUUAAAGCAGUUUCCAGUGGGGUGUAGCUGUUGCACAUGCAAACACUGGCUGUUUGAUGUCUAAGUCAGUUAUGAAAGAAUAUUUGGUGGCAGGUGAAGGUCUAUGACAAAACCUCCAUCUAAAGAGAUCAUAUUUCCCCAACAUCUAUGAGCUAUUAUUAACAGCUAAACUUUACAAUAUUCGCUGUUGAUCAUCCUCCAUGUUGAGACACAAUUAUCUUCGUUAUAUCCACAAAUAAACCUUGUCAAUUGCA